AUGAAGCAAAUUCGUCAACGCCAAAGGAUCAUCAUUCUCUCUCUCCUCUCUCUUUCCGUUGUUGCUCCUCUCAUUUUCCUCGGGAGAAGAGAGUUCCUUCAAGAUUUGUAUCGUAAUACAUCCAGAACGGACAGUUCCAAGUUAAAUGUUGUAGAACAGAUUCAGGGAGGUUCUGAAGAAUUUAAAGAGCAAAAUCUAGUUGGCUAUAAAGAAAAAGAUGUUGGUUCAACAAUUAGUUACGAUUCAAAAAAGAAUAAUGAUGCUGAGGAAUCUAGAAUUGCAGCAUUGGAAAUAAAUGUUUCAGGAUUCAGCCUUGAUGAAAGACAAGAUGGGGAUGCUCGGAAAAAUGAUUCAUCCUCCGCGGAUGAAGAUAUAAAUGUACAUGCUGUUCCAUAUAGAAUGUCAAAGGAGAAUAUUACAGCGACAAAUAGGCCAUCACGUCGAAAAGAAGACCGUCAUCAUAUUUUAAACCCUCCCUCUCGUGAAGUGAAAAACCAGAAGGUUCAAGAGAUUAAGGAUCAAAUUUUGAUGGCUAAAGUAUACUUGAGGUUUGCACCCCCAAGCAGCAACUCACACUUGAAGGAGCUGGAGCUGCGAAUGAAAGAGAUGGAACGAGGAGUAGAAGGAGUCACUCGGGAUUUAGAUUUGUCAAGGAGUGUUUUGCAGGCAAUGAGACGCAUGGAAGCCUCACUAUCUAUUGUCAGCCGUGCUUUCUCAGACUGCUCUAUGGUUUCUAAGCUUCAAGCAAUGAAGCGCAAAACUGAAGAGCAAGUUCGUUUUCAGAGAAGCCAAGCAACAUAUCUUGUACAUCUAGCUGUAAGGACUGCCCAAAAAAACUUUCACUGUCUUUCUAUGAGGCUAACUGCUGAAUAUUUUUCCCUGAGAUCUGAGGAGAGAGAGCCUCCAAAUGAAAAUAAGAUUCAUCUUCCAGAUCUUUAUCAUUAUGCUGUCUUCUCCGACAAUGUUCUGGCAUGUGCAGUUGUGGUAAACUCUACUGUCUCUACUGCCAAGGAACCAGAGAAACUUGUUUUCCAUAUAGUGACCGAUUCACUCAACUUGCCAGCGAUCUCAAUGUGGUUCUUUUUAAACCCUCCUGGCAAAGCCACGGUCCAUGUACAGAGCACAGAAAACUUUGAAUGGUUGUCCAAAUACAAUACCUUCGGUAAAAAUAAUAACAGCGAUCCAAGAUACACUUCUGAAUUGAUCUACUUUCUUUUCUACCUGCCAGACAUUUUCCCUACCCUAAAUAAGAUUGUGAUCUUUGAUCAUGAUGUGGUGGUUCAACAAGAUCUCAGUGGACUAUGGAAUACCGAUAUGAAGGGAAAUGUUAAUGGAGCCGUUGGAACUUGUCAGGAAGGAAAAACCCCAUUUCAUAGGAUUGAUGCGUUCGUAAACUUCUCAGAUCCACAAAUCGGAGAGAGUUUUGAUGCCAAUUCUUGCACAUGGGCGUUUGGGAUGAAUUUGUUUGAUUUGGAACAAUGGAGGAGACAUAAUUUAACGUCUGUUUAUCAAAAGUAUUCACAAAUGGGUACUGAGAAGCCAUUAUGGAAUCGGAACAAUGGAUAUUCUCCUUUAGGUUGGCUCACCUUCUAUAACAAGACAGAGAUUUUGGACAGACGAUGGCACAUUCUUGGCCUUGGUCAUAACUCAGGCGUCGAUCGAAAUGAGAUUGAGCAAGCUGCCGUUAUACACUAUGAUGGUAUUAGGAAGCCAUGGUUAGAUAUUGCAAUGGGCAGAUAUAAAAGUUAUUGGACCAAAUUUUUGAAUUUCGACCACCCUUUUCUGCAACAGUGCAAUCUUCAGGCGUAG